GUAGGACGCGGGCACUUCCGGGGUUACCGGAAGCUGUAGAACAUUGAAUAAUUCAAUGCCAACUUCCUUUUUACUCUUUGAAGAAACUUGACGCGUCAAAAGACUCAUCUUUGCAUAUUUCCCAUCGAGGCCAGUGGGCGAGGAGGAAGACCUUGCGAGCAGGAGGUUUUCAUACGGCGCGGCGAGAGCAAGAAAGGCGGCCAACACGUCUUGUUUCCCAAGUCCGCCUCCUGCCCUCAUGACGACCAUCGCCAUGGACCGAAUUGGCCGCCUCUUCAUCAGCCUGCAGCAGAUCAAGCAGGCGCCUCGCAUGCUCGCCGAGGCGGCGCCGUCCAUGCCGAACACAGUGCGAGACGCCGAUGUCCCUCCGUUCUUCAGGGAGCGCUUCGUCCGCUCGGGCUACCGUCCCCUCCAUCAGCGGUGGCGCUACUACUUCCUGUCCGCGUUCCAGCGCCACAACGAGACGGUCAACAUCUGGACUCACCUGCUGGCGCUCCUGGUCCUCUUGGUGAAGCUGAGACAAGCGGCGGAGAUGGUGGACUUCGCCGGGGACCGUCACUCCUGGCCUCUGUUGGUCCUCAUCGUGUCAGCCAUCAACUACACGGUGUGCAGCGUGGUGGCUCACCUGCUGGGCGGUAAGUCGGAGCUGUGUCACUACACCUUCUUCUUUUUGGACUACGUGGGCGUGGCGCAGUACCAGUACGGGAGCGUGGUGGUGCACUAUUACUACACCGUGGAGGAAGACUUCUACUCACGAGUGCACCGCGUCUUCAUCCCUGUGGCGGUGCUUCUCAGCUGGUGCUCGUGUUUAGGCUGCUGCUACGGUAAAUAUCGGAACCACUCGCUACCAAGUUGGGUGCGUAAAGUCGGCCAGGUGACGCCCUCUUCCCUGGCCUACAUGUGGGACAUCAGCCCCGUCAUGCACAGACUCUUUUCCACGCCCGCGGGCCAGGACGACCCGGCCGCCAUCUACCACCUGGGCCACAUCGGCUUCUUCAUCGGCUGUGCCUUCUUCUUCGCCUUCCCGGUGCUGGAGCGCAUCUUCCCAGGCCGCUGUGACAUCCUGGGGCAGAGCCAUCAGCUCUUCCACCUGCUGCUGUCCUGCUGCACCAUGUUCCAGAUCCAGGCUUCCCACCUGGACUACAUGGGCCGCAGGGAGGUGUAUGAGCGACUGCACGGGAGCGGCGACGCCGCCUUGCUGGCGGGCGUCUACGUGCUCACCUGGCUCGUGUGCCUCCUCAUCGCCGCUUUCAUGCUGUGGAAAACCAAACGCUUGCUUGACCGCCAGGCCAAGCUGAAAUGAAAGUGGAGCAACACUGUUGUUUUUUCAAUGGUACUACUGUACAAUCAUUAGGUGCACCUGCACUAUCUAUUAAGGUCCAAACCGGAAAUUGUCUUCCUUUUCCUUUGAACGCAUCUCACAGUUGCCAUAGCUACACUCACCUACCGGUGUGUUGCAGGAAUCUUUCCAUUUCCGCUUCUAUGGUCAUCAUCACCUUUCAAACUUGGCACCCCAAGUAUUGUUUGACCUUUUUGAAGUUUAUUUAGCCAGGACAUUUUGGUUGAAUUCCACACCAAAAUAUUGCAAACUUACCGAUGCAACUCGGUAUGCUGCUCACUGCUCUCCUCCACUCCCCGGGGGCGAUCAAUGGUGAUGGGUCAAAUGCAGAGAAUGAUUUCGCCACACCUCGCGUGUGUGUGAGACAAUCCUUGGUACUUUAACUUUAACUAUAUUAGAUCUGUGGCUGCUUUGUGUAUUUCCUACUGACACUGUCAGCGCAGUAAUUUAUAUUACUUUGAAUUAUUUAAAUGAACUAGGACCAGAAUUGUCAGACUGUAGAUGUACUUGUAAUUUAAGCCAUGGUACAAUAUUUAGAAUUCUAAUAUGCAUAUUAAAUUAUCUGGAGGGGAUUUUGUUUAUUUUUAAAGCUGUAGUGUUUUAAUGUGCCCUUUUGAAUGGGGACAAUUCUAUGUCAUUAUGUUAAAAUGUGCCUUUUUAUGGAGGUUAAUUUGUGUCCUUAUUACAAAAGCUUUUUUUUUUGACACAAAAUUUAUGCAACUGAUUUUUCUGCCUUUAAAUUUUGUGAAUUGUUUUUUUGUUUUGUUUUACAUCACAUUAUGCUCACAUUGCCCUGUGAUGAGGUGGCGACUUGUCCAGGGUGUACCCCGCUUUCCGCCCGUUUGUAGCUGAAAUAGGCACCAGCGGCGACCCCAUUGAAAAAUAAUUUGUGAGCAAAAUAUGUGUUUAAAAAUGUGGCUCGUCAAACUACAGUGUUUUAAAAUUCGGUCCAGAAAAUGUGUUGCUUUGAAACUCAAGACUCACUUUCAGUAAAUUAAGACUGAAGCAAUCGAUCCUGUCUUAGAACCAGCCAUUUAGGUGCUUUCGUCUUAAUUUACCUGCAGAGAGUCUUGAGUUUUGAAGCUGAAUUUUUAUAAAAUUAUUUUUUUACACUGAAUUUUUACACACACAUUUUGCAAAUUUAAACCAAAUUAAAUUCACAAAAUUAAAACGCAAAAAAUGUAGUUAGAUGUCCCGCCCCAAAAAAGCUCAAUAAAGACAAAAAAUUACCUCUGUACUAUUUACAUGGGGACAAUUCUGUGCCAUACUCUUUUAAUGUGCAUUUUUAUGGUAAUUAAUUUGUGUCUUCAUUGCAAAAGCUUUUUUUUUCCACACUGAAUUUAUGAAACUGAAUUUUUUGUGUUUGAAUUUUGUGAAUUGAAUUUUUAUACAUCACAUCAUGCUUACAAUGAAAAAGCAUUUGUGAGCAAAAUGUGUGCUUAAAAAUUCAGUUAGUUUACAUAUAUGGUUUUAAAAAUCAGUUAUUCAAAAUUCAUUGAGUAAAAAUUCAACGCAGAAAAAUGUCAAAACUCAAGAUGUCAAAACUCACUUCAUCCUGACUUAGAACCAGCCAAUAAGGUGCUCCCGUCUUAAUUUACCUGAAUUAAGUUUUGAGUUUCAAAGAAACAAGUUUUUUUUUUUUUUUUUACAAAUUUUAUUAUACGCGAAGAGUGUCCAAACUUUUUUCACUGAGUGGCAUAAUGGCAAAUGAAAGCGUGUAUGUGCCAUUUUGCUAUUUUUCAUUUUCAAAACCAAUACAAUGUGAUAUAACCCUUAGGGCUUUCUUUAAUUCUGGUGUGUUAAAGGUCCUGGGUACCCAAAAUAGCUUCAGCCAUUAAAGUAAAAAUAAGUCGUAUAUUAUUGUAUUUUUUUUUUUUACUUUCGAUGUUUAAAUAUCCAUGGAUCAACUUCAGAUCUGUCCAAUGACAUAAAGUUUAACAGGAAAAGCACAAAAUAUGCAAUGUUUUACCUACAAGAAUGAUCAAAGUUGAAUAUUUGAGUGAAGUAAUUGGAGCCUUACAUUUGUAAAUAAUUCAGUUAUUCAAUUAUUAGUUCAUUGCUUUCAAUUCAAUAUUAUUUUUUUUAAUAAUGACAGUAAAAUAAAAUAAAAAUAAAAAAGCCCCCACUCAUAAAAGUGUUACCAAUAAGUCAUACACCAAUGUAUGUUGUUUUUACUUUCAACUUUCUCUAGAUCAACUUUAGAUCGUUCUCUCAAUUACAGGUUUUUAUUAUUUUUUUUAGCAAUGACAGUUUAAAAAAGAACAAAAACAAAAAAAAACGCCUGCAAGGCGGCUUUGUGUUAUGUCAAUAAUUUCUCAUUACAUAACACCAGUUUGCUCUUUUAUUCCACGUUUUAGUGUUUUUUGUUAUAUUUUUAAAAUUGGGCCACACUUUGGAAACCCGUUAUAAACUGAUUUUUUUUAUUAAUGUAUUUAUUUUUCACACACUGAAUAUUGAAACACAAAUUUUAUUCAAUAACAUUGUCAGCAUAAUUUAAACAUUUGAUUUGAAAAAUUACAACAUAAACAUUGCAGUUACAUAAAUCCAGUGUUAAAAACAACUUUCAAAUAGAAACACAAAUUAACCUCCAUACUUUUUAAAUGGGGAAAAUGUGCCAUGCAAAUGUUGCAGCUUAGUUUAAUGCGAUAAAACAGGUUCUACUGCUGGCAUAAUUAAGGAACUUUUGACAGUAUGUUUGAUCCUUGAUAGUCUAUGCAGCCCCGGGCUCUCGCAUCAACAAAUGAAUGUGUAUUUUGCCAACAUGUAAAACAGCUGAACCCUAGCCAUGUCGAGUUUCUUUUUGUUUGUGUUGCGUUAAAACUCGACAGUAUUAUAUUUGAUCAUCAUUUAAGGGUAAUUCUCAUGACACUGUGGUAUGGGGCCGUGCAAUAUAAGGCGACAUAAAAUAAUGUUAUGCUAUUAUAGUCAGUGCAGAGGGCAGUGCUUACAUUGGGGAAUGGGAUUGGCUGUCUCACACUGCUUGUUUGGUCUCCAUAGCAACCUUUUAAAGCAGUGUUCAGCUGCAGGACCCCAAUCUGCAUAUUGAUGUACUAUCAUGUUUCUGUGAUUAGCACUAAUGUGGGAAUGUGUGCCUUUUUCACAGAGUGCCCCUGAGCAAGGACACUUAAUCAGGAGCAAGACAAAAUGUUUUUUUUAAUCUUGUUUACAAGUCAUGCAAAGGGAGUGUAUGUGACUAUAAAAGUGAUGCUUUGUAAGUAUUGUAACAAAUGAGACUUUCUAUUAUUAUUAUUUUUUUUGUCCACAAAGGUGCCUGAAAUAAAAUGAUUAAUGAAGGUAUAUCACUGUGUGUUAAAUAUGAAUUGAUUAACGUGGACCCCGACUUAAACAAGUUGAAAAACUUAUUCGGGUGUUACCAUUUAGUGGUUAAUUGUACGGAAUAUGUACUGUACUGUGCAAUCUACUAAUAAAAGUAUCAAUCAAUCAAUCAAUCAAA